AUGAGAAUCAAACAAACAUCAAGUAAGACAUGGAAGAAUGCUCUAAAACCUAUACUAGCUAGAACCCACGUUAAGAAGAUGAUUGAUGAUGAAAAGGAGUUGAUUUUGAUUCUUGAUCCAAGUAUCGAGGACUCAAAUGGAGAAUCAAUCAACGAAAUUGCAACUCUGGCUGUUAACAAUGUCACUGAAAUUGUCAAGGAAGAUCAUUUGGGUGCUAGGAGGGUUUUCAAGUUUCAUUCCGUAGAGUCUGCCGAGAAGACAAGAAAAGAAAUCGGGGAUAUAAACACUGAGGAGUUAGAAAAAAAAAGCAACAUAUUGUUGAAGAAGUUGAAGAUAAUUCAUAGUAGAAAGAGAGUAAGAAGAAGAGAAGUGAUGAUGGUGACCGAAUUGAGAAGAAGCAGCAGAGAGAAUUUGUCUCCAGUAAAAGAAAAGCUGAGAAGAUAG